AGCCUUAGAACUGUUUAAAGGAAAAUGGAAUCUGGAAAUGAUUCCACAGUGACCGAGUUCAUCCUCACUGGACUUACAGUACGUCCUGAACUCCAACUACCACUCCUCUUUCUCUUCCUUGGAGUCUAUGUGGUCACCGUGGUGGGGAACCUGGGCAUGAUCGUGCUCAUCGGGCUCAGUUCUCACCUGCACACACCCAUGUACUACUUUCUUGGUUGCUUGUCCCUCAUUGAUCUCUGUCAUUCCACUGUAAUUACCCCCAAAAUGCUGGUGAACUUUGUGGCUGAGAAGAACAUCAUCUCCUACCCGGAGUGCAUGACACAGCUCUACUGUUUUCUUGUUUUUGCUAUUGCUGAGUGUCACAUGCUGGCAGCCAUGGCAUAUGACCGCUAUGUGGCCAUCUGUAGCCCUUUGCUUUACAAUGUCAUCAUGUCUCCUCAUGUCUGCUUUCUGCUCUCAAUGGGAGUUUAUAUUUUGGGUAUCUUUGGAUCUUCAAUUCAUACAGGCUUCAUGAUAAGACUCUCUUUCUGCAAGACCAAUGUGGUCAACCACUUUUUCUGUGAUCUCUUUCCACUCUUAGAACUCUCCUGUUCCAGCAUCCACAUCAAUGAAUUAUUGGUUCUCUUCCUGAGUGCAUUUAACAUCCUGACACCUGCGCUAACCAUCCUGGCCUCCUAUGUCUUCAUCAUUGCCAGCAUCCUUCGCAUUCGCUCCAAAGAGGGCAGGGUCAAAGCCUUCAGCACUUGCAGCUCCCACAUGAUGGCCGUCAUGAUCUUCUAUGGUUCUGCAGCCUUCAUGUAUCUGCAGCCACCAUCUGUGAGCUCCAUGGACCAAGGCAAAGUGUCCUCUGUGUUUUACACCACAGUCGUGCCCAUGCUAAACCCUCUAAUCCAUAGUCUGCGGAAUAAAGAUGUCAAACUAGCCCUGUGGAAAAUUCUGAACUGUAGAAAACAAUUAUGA